UUGAAAAAUUAUUAUCUCGGUUAUCCUUAAUUUCUGGUGGAAAUAUCGUAGAAGGAAAAUGUCUUAGAAUUGUCUAAGCAUUACCAAAUACAUAUUAAUAACAGCGAAAGAAAGACCGUUGUAAAACUAUAAAUUCAUCAUUUUAGUUUUGGUCAUCUCUGUAUUUUGAUAUCCAAAGUAUUUUUGGUGAAUUUAUAGUAUCACACCGGUCUUUAUUUCUGUAUUAAAAAGAAUAUAUUUCGUAAUGUUUUGACAAUUCUAAGACAUUUUUCUAAUAUAAUAUUUCCACCGGAAAUUAAGGAUAACCGAGAUAAUAAUUUUUCAAGAUUACUACUCUCGCUCAUUCACAAGUGUCACCAUGAUUUGUUUACUUAUGGUGGAGGUGGUCUGACCCCCUGCUCACGCAUCGCUCCAGGCCUCCGACGGAGGGUUAGAGAUGAGUUGCAUGUUACGACAAGGACUGAGCAUAAGUCGAGGGAUUUUGGUAGUGUCACGUGGUAGAACAUCACCGGCUCAGAUACACACAACACGAUGCUCAGUUCAGUUAAGACUCAUUCCUCGACAGAGCAGAUCAUUACCUGUGCGGAUGAUGUGUACAAGGACAGGGAAAGUCUCAGUGGGACCAUCGAGCCUGUUCUUAUUAUUCCGAUUGGUACUUUUUGCCUCGGAACUUGGCAGUUACAGCGGAGAAAAUGGAAAUUGAAUCUUAUUGCAGAGCUACAGGCUAAGUCAAAUGUACCUCCAGUUGAUCUACCCUUGGAGUUGUCUGAACUGGAGGACUUGGAGUUUCAGCGAGUGAAGAUGACCGGCUCUUUUGACCACAGUAAGGAGGUCUUCCUUGGUCCCCGUCCACUUCUGGUUGGUGGGGACGUGCACGAGGCAGGAAGUGGACUGAUAUCUUCUGGGCAGAGCGGCUACCUUGUUGUCACGCCCUUCAAGCUGGCUGAUAGAGACCUGACAGUGCUAGUAAACCGAGGAUGGGUCCCAAGGAAGCAGAAGAACCCUGAAUCAAGACUUGAAGGUCAGAUAGAAGGACUAGUGGAAGUGACAGCUGUGGUGCGAAGGGGAGAGAACCGUGCACCUUUCAUGCCUAAUAACACCAAGGGUUCUCCUAUCUUCACUUUCAGGGAUGUUCCAACAAUGGCCAGGAUGUUGGGAACUGCUCCGGUGUUUUUGGAUGCAACCGACACUUUCCCAGGAGGACCUCAGGGUGGCCAGACACGAGUAACGAUGCGUAACGAACACUUGUCCUAUAUGAUGACUUG